UUUCUCUCUGUCCCGACGAUCUUAAUCUUGUUUCGUGAAAACUGAGGUAUAAUUGUAAUAUUCCCAAAGUUUUUUCUUGUCCAAGUAUAGUUUGUUUGACUGUAAAUUUGAGUCUGCCACAAAAAUGUCGAUGGGGAGUGACCCUACUUGGGUGGCACGGAAGCCUCUACGCCGAAUUGGGGGAAUGUCUGAUGCUCUUUCUAUCGCAGCUGAUCUCGGUUUUACAGUCUCGCCACCUCCUACACAGGAAGAACUUCAGAAUUUAUCUACCAUUACUGGGGAAAAGGGCGAUGACUUGAUCAGAGUUUUAAGAGAACUCACCGCUGUGCAAAGGAAAAUAGCAGAUCUGCAAGUGGAACUUCAGGGGAGAAAGGAGGACAAAAACGCGGCAUUUUUGACUCAUGCGAGUGAAAUGGAAAAGAAGUGUGAAACAUUGGGAAGGAUUACUACUAUUUUGAAGGAUGUAAUUCAGAAUAAGGAUCGCAUCAUUGCUCGUCUUCAACAACCAUAUUCACUGGAUUGUAUCCCAGUAGAGGCCGAGUACCAGAAACAAUUUUCAGAAUUAUUGAUGAAGGCUGCAAGUGACUAUGGGGCCUUGACUGCAUCAGUAGCAGAUUUUCAAUGGAGUCAAACAUUCAAGGAGCCACCUUCAGUAUGGGGGGAAAUGCUUCGUCCAAUUCCUGUUGCUUUAGCAUCGUGCACCCGGUUUUUCGAAGCAAUGUCUGCAAUGAGAGAAUCAUUUUCAACACUUCAGAAUCUGAGAGUGGGUCAUUCUGCUACAUCUGUGUCUGCACCCGUGACACCGGCCAAGGACCGUCCCUUCCAAAGGGUGAGCGGGGAUGACGGCUGUGUGACGCCGCCUCCAAGAAGAACCGAACCACGUUUUGACGACUUAGCCAUCUAAUGUUCUAAGAGACAUGAAAUGGAGCAACAAAAAGUAUAGGAGAAGAGUGUUUCUUUUGGCUUAUUUUGUAUUUAUAUUCUUAUCAAUGAGUUUACUUGUUGGUAGAAGUUCCUCUAUUUAUCUUGUCUUUUGUAAUUGAUGUAUCAUAUCAAUAUAUUUGUAUAUUUGGUAAUUUUUCCAAAAGAAUAAAAAAAUCAAUGUAUUUCCAUUAA